AUGGCCAAGAAGCAAAAAUUUGUUAAUAAAGCUUCUCUCCUCUGCUGGAACUGGUUCUUUCUACGUUAAGUCGAGACCUCGUACGGCUACAAAGCUUGCUUUUCUUAAAUAUGAUCCAAAAAUUCAAAGACGUGUUUUGUUUGAAGAGUCCAAAAUGAAAUAA